AUGAGUAUGAAAGCCAGUGUGUGCCGCCCGAGGCACGACGACCCCUUGCCGGGGGAAGAGGCUCAGGAAAGCUCGGGGCUUGCGGGCCGGAGUAGGCCGCAGCAGCCGGUGGACGGCGCUUGGGCCGCGGAGCGGGGAGGGAAGGCUCCGGCCAGCCUCCUCGCCGAUCCGUGCGGGAAGCUCGGCUGCCAAGCAGGGGCCCUGGCGGAGAAAGGAGGCGGGGGAGCGGCCGGGGCAGCGGUGACUGGGGCCGGGGCGGCUACGACGGCGGCCACGGGGCAAGGCCAGGCCCCGGCCUCCAGUUCCACGUCUCCCCCGCGCUGGAGACCGCCGAUCAGAGGGGGAGCCGGGGCCUGCCUCAAGCAGAUCGUCCUAUUGCAGCUGGACCUUAUCGAGCAGCAGCAGCACCGCAUCCAGGAGCGGGAGCGCCAGAUCGGGGAGCUCCGGGCCGAAAAGGACACGCUCCUGGCCCGCAUUGAGCGGAUGGAAAGACGCAUGCAGUUGGUCAGAAAGGACAGCGAGAAGGACAAACAGCGCACGUCUCAAAGCCGUGAGUCGGCAGUCGACAUGCCGGAGGGUCCUCUUCCUGAGAGUGCAGGGGGUGGGGAGUUCCCCCCAGAGGCCUCCCCUCGGCUAUCAAGCCUUACCCCAAAACCCUUUUCCUAUGGCCGCAAUGCAAAGGGACAUAAAAGGAAGUCUGCUUUUGGUCGUGCAGAGCACAGAACCCCCGUUAAGAGACUGUCUUCUGACCUAGCAAAGAUGAAGGGUAAAGUGUCCCGUUUGCCAGUAGAAAAUCCCAGAAACUGAGCCUGGAGGCUCUGUACCAGAGGCAGGAGUUCGUCGAGAGCUGCGCCACAAAGAGACACCUGAGAAGUCGCAGUCACCUGUAGACACCCCGAUAAGAUCUGCAUGGGGUGGCACUGCAGCAUCUUCAGUAAAGGACAAUGACCCAAACCCUGGCGAGGCAGAUGAUCUGCCCUACCUCUCCACCACAGACAUGUAUCUAUGCCGGUGGCAUCGGCCACCUCCUUCCCCUCUAAGGGAACCCUCCCCCAAGAAAGAAGAGUGUGUGGCAAUUCCUUCAUGGAGAGAGCACCCUAUAGAGCCCCUUCAGGACUUGAAUGGUGCAGACAUACCAGAGAACCUGGAUGAUGCAGUGUUUGCAAAGAGACAUGCUAAGUUAGAGCUGGAUGAAAAGAGGAGAAAGCGGUGGGACAUACAGAGGAUCCGUGAACAGAGAAUCUUGCAGCGUCUGCAGUUGAGGAUGUACAAAAAGAAGGGCAAUCAGGAAAGUGAGCCAGAGGUCACCUCCUUCUUUCCGGAACCUGAUGAAGUGCAGUCUGUGUUGAUUACCCCCUACCUCCCUGUUGUGGCGUUUGGACGAUCCCUGCCCAAAAUAACCCCACAGAAUUUUGAGCUCCCCUGGCUGGACGAGCGGAGUCGAUGCCGUCUUGAAAUGCAGAAGAAGCAAACCCCGCACAGGACACCUCGUAAAUAG